UUAAUACCUCAGUUUCAAAGUCUUUGGGUAAAGUAACAGUUUUAAUCAUGUGUAAGGCCCAUUUGACACUUCAAUGUUUUCUGACCACCUUUGUCAUCAUUCCUUCAGCAGAGGCAUAUGUUCACUUUACUGUGACGCCUAGUGAUCCUACCUAUGUAAAUAAUGGAAGCACUGCCAAACUGGCGUGGGACUACAGUGACCCAAACAAUGAUCUCUAUGGAAUUGUCUUUAGUGUUCUGGUUAAGCGGGCAGGAUUCAAACGCAUGCUAUAUAAAGAAAAUGGUAUUGUCAAGGAACAUCAAAGUUUACCUUCUGCUUACAAGGGCAGAGUCAGGAUAGAAGGGAGAGCUAUCUUGGUCAUUGAAAAAAUAACUCCUCAAGACAACACCAAAUUUGUAUGUCAAUUAGUUGAUGGCGCCGCUGAUCCUGAGAGUCAGGUUCAUCUGAUUGUGGCAGAGCCACCAAAGAUAAGUCUUUCAUCAGUGCAGGGAAGUUAUCGGGAGGGAGCCUUCGUUAACGUCAACUGCACAGCAUCCGGAAUUCCAGAACCAGCUGUUACGUGGAUCAGAGACGGAACAGCGAUAAAUGCAGGGAAGGGAGCGGCACUUUUGAAGUUCAACCGUCUUAGAAGAACAGAUGACGGAUGGUAUUUAUGUGUAGCAAACAACACGGCUGACACCAUAAUCAAUCACUCUGUACUCCUGGUCUACUACCCUCCAAUUAUAGAAAAUGUGACCAUUUCAUCCAGUAAGUCUAGUAUUGGUCACACGGUGACUUUGAAGUGUUCUUCAGACGGUGUUCCCACACCAAUACUCACCUGGUACAAACCAAAUGGAAUGAAAAUCCACAGAAUCAGAGCCAGAGAAAACAAAGCGCAAGUGACGCUCAGGAAAGAUCAAGAUUUUGGUGAUUACAAGUGCAUUGCUGCCAAUGGACUGAGUCCUUCUGACGACAGAAUAGUAAAAAUAACACAGAUAAAGAAACCAGGUGCACCAUCCAUAGUAUCAUCAGAAGAUGGUAUCCAGGCCAGUUCACUAACAGUGCGAUGGACUGCACCAGUUGAUGAUGGCGGGAGUCCUAUCACAGGAUACACGGUGAUUAUACUAAAGGGUGACACUGAGAUAAACAGUGUCAAUAUUAGUGAUCCUGUUAAAACAAGUUACA